AUGACCUGGAUUUCACGCUCCAUCACGGCCAUUGGCCUUUUGCUGCUCGGUCACGCCUGCUACUCGGCACAAGAGCAUUCCGCGUUGCAAUCCUUCCGGGCUGCGUCACCCUUGGCGACGUCCACGCCAGCGGCCAACACCUCCCUACCGGCGGAUAUCACCAUCGAGACGGCUGUGGCGACAGUGGUCAUCAUUCUCGGCCUCAUACUGGGUGCCCCAAACCUCCGACCGAUCCAGUGGCGCGUAUGGGCUGGCAAGAUUGAGAGGGAGGGCGAGGCAGGAUUCUUGACGGGCAGUGGUGAGGUUGAGAAGGACUAUGUUGGCAAUCCCUUCCGCAUUCUCGAGAGUCGGCCAGGCUUUGCCGAUGUUCGGAAACAGAGACGCGACUUCACCAACUGGAUCAAGGCCGGUAAGAAGACUGGGAGUUCGGCUGCCUCACACUGA